AUGGCUGCAGGCUACGACAGAAUCGCGGCCUUUCUGGCCUCAGACCCACCGUUGACGUUUGUCCGUCGGUUCGCGAGACUGAACCUCAAAAAUAUACUCUACUAUCAAGCUGAACUGGGAGACCUCGAAGCAGACCUCGAAGAUAUUAUCAGCCUGGAUAGGGACAGGGCCUCUCGUGAUGGCGGAAAUGAAAAACACUAUCCGUUUUCUAUCGGGCAUCUCAAGGGUUCCCUGGGGGAUUCGGAGAACGUUUCCAUGCAAUGGGAGAAGUUUUUGGAGAUUCGCAGGCUGCUCAAAGAAUACAACGAAGCCCUGAUCCAGCAAUCCCAGUUGAUGCGACUCCGCAGCCCCGACGAAGCAGAACUCGCGGGGUUUCGCGAGUGGCUCAGGUGCCUGGAAGGCGGACCAAGUAGGACACACCAAUGGAACGACGAAAACGACCUCGUUGCCAUCCUCGCAAGACAAGACGGAGCAGACCACUUUACGCGCUGGAUCUAUCGUAAAGCAUUACCCUGGUUCCACGAGCGCUGGGGGUACCGGCUCAAGAAAACCACCGACCCGGAGUUAGGGGCUUCUUUCUACAGCGAUGAAUCAAUCAAAUCUUUCACCAAUGCACUCAGCAUUUUCAUUUCGGGGCUCCUGCCUGCAUCGUCUAUCCUUGUUCUGUUCUUUGUGAAGAGUGUUCCCUUGCGUCUUGCGAUCAUAUUUAUAUACAAUAUCACGUUUGCCAUGGUCCUCGGCUUCAUGGUUAAGGCUAGGCGCUCUGAGAUGUUUGCUGCCUCUACAGCGUUCGCGGCUGUGCAGGUCGCGCUCAUUACCAGCUCGGACGGGAGAUCUUGCUAGAGGUUUUGUCACUGGUAUGUCGAGUUACGCGGGGUUCUACUGGGGACAGCCUGUUUCAGCAGAGACGGUACCCCCACUCGUUGCAUUUGAGUCACCUGCGGAACGAGUAUCGGUUCGCGGAAGUGGCUUGAUAUCUUAGACGAGUAAUCUUUCGGCCGUUAUCAAUGAAUGCGAAUACGGAUCCUGUCGAACACGGGUCAUAAUUCAAGCAUAGCAUACUUCAAGUCAUCCAGUCCAUACUGGGACAUGUUUUACAGGCCCAUGUCGACAUAUUCCGAGUAUCUCUGGAAGAGCUCAGCAAGAUGAACGCGCGAAACAAUCCGAGGGUUACUAGCAGGUCGCGCAACCAACCAUCCAGCAUUUUUCACCAUCCAGGAUUCGUGAACCCGCGAGCGAGACC